AAUCACGUCAUUCUGUGUUUAGGCGUUUAAGCAGGAAACAGGUUUUCCUCUUGGAUUGUUAUAGUGAAGAACACAUUAUUUUCUCUUGCUCAAUGCACCCCUCAGUGCAUUACGCGCUGAAACCAGCAAGAAGGAAAAAUGCCUCCUUCGGACAGAGUUGUUCUACUUCUUGGCGUCUUGAUUCUGGUCUCCUGUUUGAGUAUUCGCCAGCACUUUGGCUGUGCGCUGCAGCUCCAGCAGAAGUUCACGUCUCUCCAGCAGACCAACAAUUUCGCAGUGGAUGAACACUCCAGAAAGGUAUAUCUGGCGACAGUUAACAGGAUUUAUCAACUGAACGGGACUUUAAGCCUCGAAAUUGAAGAGAAAACCGGGCCGGUGAACGACAGCUUGCUUUGCCAUGCACCGCAGUUGCCCCAGACGAUUUGCGAGCACCCCAAAGUGCAGACUGACAACUACAACAAACUCCUGCAGCUCGACCAGGGGCAGGGGGUUGUCGUCGUGUGUGGAUCGGUGUACCAAGGGUUUUGUGAGCUGAGGAAACUGGGGAACAUUUCUGAAAUCGCUGUGAGAUUUCCCCCGCAGGGUGAGAAUAAGGUGACCGUUUUCCCAAGCAUGUUGAAUAUCGCCGCCAACCACCCCAACGCGUCAACCGUGGGACUCAUUCUCAGGGGCCCUGCCGGGAACACUCGGCUUUUGGUCGGGGCCACCUACACGGGGGUGGGAACCCCUUUCUUUCCGAAAAAUUAUACAAAAGAAGACUUGAGGUUCGAAAACACCCCCGAGAUAGCCAUCAGGUCUCUCAACUUAAACGACCUGUCCAAGCUUUUCACCUAUGAUAUUAACCCCUCUGAAGACAACGUUUUUAAAAUAAAACAAGAGGUCAAGACCAAAAACAAGCUGAGCUUUGUCCAUGCCUUUAUCGAGAAGAGUUAUUCUUACAUCGCAAUUAACAAUGAUGCUAAUCAGGGGCAGAAAGAAAAUCAUCCUAACAGUAUAUUGGCGAGAAUUUGUCUGGACAGUGAAAGUAAACGAAAGUCGGCUACAGAAAGCAGAAAGCUUACCGAGUCCUACAUCCAAAUGGGAUUACAGUGCGGCUCCAACGGUAACAUUUACAAUAGGAUUGUGUCAGUGUACCCGGCACGGAUCUACGUUUCCGACAAACAAAACCCUGAGGAGUUCUUAUUCGGAGUUUUUGCAAAGUCCAAUAAAAACACGGCUUUGUGUGUCUACCCGUUUUCUGAAAUUGAAAAAGUUAUCAGAGAUGGCAGAAAAAAAUGUUCUAGUUCACCUGGUUCUCCAGAUGUGCAGGUGCUAGACAGUGUUAUCCAAGGCUCGGGAGCGGAGUGCGUCGCUAAACAAAAAAUUGUGCUGCAGAUGGAACAACUGGACUGUGGGGCAGCUCAUCUCCAGCACCCCCUGGCUCUCCGCAGGCCCCUACAGGCCACCCCUAUAUUCGAAUCAGUGGGCCUGACCUCAGUGGCUGUGGACAGUGUUCACACCCAUUCUGUGGUUUUCCUUGGGACCGCCAGUGGCAGGCUUUGGAAGCUUAACCUGCUUAGGAACCUGACACUGGCCAAUAAGAGCUCUCUGAAAGUAGCAGCAGGAGAGUCAGUUCAUCAUAUCAUGAUCUUUGACCCCAGCGAUAGAAACUACCUCUAUCUUAUGACAUCUCGUCAGCUCCUCCGUGUGAAGGUUGCCAGCUGUGACCGGUACACCAGCUGCAGCGAAUGCCUCUUAGCUGGUGAUGCCCACUGUGGGUGGUGCACUCUGGAGAACAGGUGCUCAAUACAAAAAGAAUGUGCCCACCAGCUCCUUCCCAGAUUCUGGAUUGGACUGAGCGAAGGGCCCCAGCAAUGUCCGUCCAUGACGAUAACUCCCAGAGAAAUCGACAUCGCCACCGACAUCAAGGAUUUUGGGAUUCUGAUCAAUGGCAGCGUUCCAGAUCUUAGCAACACUGAGGUUGAGUGUAGCUAUGGCAACGGAGUUUCCACCAGGGCAACGAUAUACGCGGUCAAUUCGGGACCUCCUCAGAUCCAAACCUGCCCACUCUUGCCCAAAGACAAGCUUCCCAGAAUUCAACCUGCUGAGGAUCACGUGGUCAUUCCUGUGUCAAUCAAGGUCAAUGGAACUCCUAUUGUCUGGGGGAACUUCACCAUCUAUGACUGUGAGAAGACUGGGAUUGUUCAUUCAAAGAGACCGUGCACCAGCUGCCUGAGCACUAAAUGGAAAUGUUACUGGAAUUUAGAAAGAAGCGCUUGUGUCUCACGCAAAACAAACCCAACUGACACUCUGCUUGAGAACUCUAUGUACUGUCCAAGUGUGAAUCCCUCGCUGACUAGACCAACGGCAACUGGAACAGCACAAGACAUCACUCUCACUCUGAACAACACAAAAGAGGGAACACCACUGCAGUGUGAUUUCGGAAAUGAUCAGUUAUACGAAGCAACAUGGCUUGACCAAUCGACAAUUAAAUGCAGCAGCGUAACAUUAUACACAACAAAGAGAAGCCAGACAGUCCAUCUCAACCUGCGAUUGAAGAAACACCAGGACAAAUUCCUUGACAGCCCUCUACCAGUCACAGUGGAGGUGUACAACUGUGGGACAGGCAGCACAGACUGCUCUCAGUGCUUGGGACGGGAAGACGAAGGCCAUUUCUGCUCCUGGUGUGACAACACGUGCAAGCCCAGGGAUGAGUGUCAACCCCUUAAGACCACCUGUCCUGCCCCGGAGAUAUGGGAGAUCGAGCCUCUCAGUGGGCCGCUGGAGGGGGGCACCCUGCUCACAAUACGAGGAAGGAACUUGGGUCGCAGGUUUACUGACAUCGUGGUUUCUAUCAGACAUGUGCACUGUCUCCCUAUCCAGAGCCAAUACAUUGUUUCAGAGAAAAUUGUCUGUAAGACUGGGAGCUCAGCGUCUGCCUUCUCAGAUACGGUGACUGUGAAUGUGAGUCAGUCGGUGGGGAGGUCCCAGAAAUUAUUUAAAUAUUUGGUGCCGGAGGUUUUCUCUAUUGAGCCGAAAAACGGCUCCAGGGCUGGGGGAACCAAAGUCACCAUCAGUGGGAGACACCUGGGAGUUGGCACGAGGGUGAGAGUGAAGGUCAACGGGACUCAGGAAUGCACUGACCUGAUACGAACAGAGGACACUAUUAAAUGCACCAUGCCUGCAGCAAAGCACUCCAAGACCGAGGCUGUCCAGGUGUGCGUUGAGUUUGAGGAAACCCCUUGUCAAAACUCAAAGUGGGUCACCCAGUACACUUACGAGAAAAACCCUGACAUAGCGGCCAUCAGGCCAGGAACAAGCCAUCUCAGUGGAGGAAGAACAAUCACAGUGAUGGGACAUGGUUUCAAUCUCGUACAGAAUGUCACUAUGGAGGUCAAAGAAAGCAGAGAGCAAGCUCAAUGCUACGUUCAUACAAACUACAUUAUCAGCUGCCAGUCCCCACCAGCUCUGCAUCCUAUGAAAGCUACAGUGGAGUUUUAUCUGAACGGUGUCCUGUACACACGGGAAAGUCCUGCUGCUCCCUAUGGGCUGGAGGAUGAGGACGAGCCUCACAGUGGCCUCUUUUCCCUGGAAUAUCUGGGGGACCCUCAGUUCCACACCGCCAGCAAGGAGAGACUGAUCAAACACCAUCCAGGAGAACCCCUUACCCUGAUCAUCAAUAAAGAGCCAAACAACCUGGGACUUAGUCUAGAAGAAUACAAAGUAAUGAUUGGCCCCAUUCCAUGUGACAUCAGCUUCAACAAUGAUCAACUGUUCCACUGCACCAUCAACGGAUCCUUGAGCUCCAAUGAGAGACAACUUCCUGUCACAGUGGAGGUUGGGAAUUUCCGCAAGGUCAUUGCCAUGGUGCAGCUGGGAGGUAGUGAGCUGGCGAUUGUGGUGUCCAUUGUAGUGUGCUGUGUCUUGCUGCUUUUCUGCACAGUAGCGCUGGUGGUGUACUGCACGAAGAGCCGCAGGGCAGAGCGCUACUGGCAGAAGACCUUAGUCCAAAUGGAAGAAAUGGAAUCCCAGAUCCGAGAGGAAAUCCGCAAAGGCUUUGCUGAACUGCAGACAGACAUGACAGACCUCACCGAGGAGUUAAACCGCAGCCAGGGAAUUCCUUUUCUGGAAUACAAGCAGUUUGUUACAAGAACUUUCUUUCCCAAGAUGUGCUCAGACUAUGAGAGAAGCUUUGUCCAGCCGAUAUACGAAAAUGAUGCUCUGGGACCCAGGGCUGUACAGGAAACCCACCCCCUGUUGCAGGACUGGAAGGCUACCAGCAACCACAAACCGAACAUGGAGGAAGGAAUCUCGUUAUUCUCCACAUUGCUCAACAACAAGCACUUCCUUAUUACGUUUGUCCACGCGCUGGAGCAGCAGAAGGACUUUGCUGUGCGAGACAGGUGUAACCUGGCCUCUCUCCUCACAAUCGCUCUCCAUGGUAAACUGGAGUAUUACACCAGCAUCAUGAAGGACCUGCUAGUAGACCUGAUAGAUGCUUCUGCAUCCAAGAACCCUAAGCUGAUGUUGCGGAGGACAGAGUCUGUAGUGGAGAAGAUGCUGACAAACUGGAUGUCCAUCUGCAUGUACAGCUACCUGAAGGAAAUAGUGGGUGAGCCUUUCUUUUUGCUGCUCUGUGCAAUCAAGCAGCAAAUAAACAAGGGGUCCAUUGAUGCCAUCACAGGGAAGGCCCGGUACACUCUCAACGAGGAAUGGCUCCUGCGGGAGAACAUCGAAGCCAAGCCCCAGAAUAUUAAUGUGUCUUUCCAAGGCUGUGGGAUGGACUCGCUUACAGUUCGGGUAAUGAAUACAGACACCAUCUGUCAAGUCAAGGAGAAAAUCCUGGAGGCCUUUUACAAGAACCUGCCCUUCUCCCAGUGGCCCAGAGCUGAGGAUGUGGACCUGGAGUGGUUUGCUUCUGGCAAUGACAGCCGUCUUCUUCUUGACCUGGAUGACACGUCUGUGAUGGAGGAUGGGAGAAAGAAGCUGAACACUGUCUUUCAUUACAAGAUCCCCGAAGAAGCGUCACUUGCCAUGAGUUUGAAAGACAAGCGAGACAACACUCUUGGAAGAGUAAAAGACUUGGACACAGAAAAAUAUGUUCAUCUGGUUGCUCCAAACGACGAGCUAAUGGAGACAAAGAGGUCCCAGAGGCACAGUCACCGGAAGAAAGUUCUGCCAGAGAUCUACCUCACAAGGCUGCUCUCCACCAAGGGGACUCUCCAGAAGUUUCUGGAUGACCUGUUCCAGGCAGUCCUCAGCAUCCCUCAGGACAAGCCUCCCCUCGCUGUCAAGUACUUUUUUGAUUUCCUGGAAGAACAGGCUGACAGAAGAGGCAUCACUGACCCAGAUACUUUGCACAUCUGGAAGACCAACAGCUUGCCUCUGCGGUUUUGGGUGAACAUUUUGAAGAACCCUCAAUUUGUGUUUGACAUUGACAAGACGGAUCACAUGGACGCCUGUCUGUCCGUCAUUGCCCAGGCUUUCAUUGAUGCAUGCUCCAUAUCAGAUCUGCAGCUAGGCAAGGAUUCUCCCACCAACAAGUUGCUAUAUGCCAAGGAAAUCCCAGAGUAUAAGAAGACUGUUCAGCGGUAUUACCAACAGAUCCAGGAAAUGACACCCCUGAGUGAACAGGAAAUGAAUGCACACUUGGCCGAGGAGUCCAGGAAAUACAGAAAUGAGUUCAACACAAACCUGGCCCUGACUGAAAUCUACAAGUACGCCAAGAGAUACCGAAUACAAGUUGUGAAUGCACUAGAGGCCAACCCCACUACCAAGAGGACACAGCUGCAGCAUAAAUUUGAACAAGUCAUUGCACUGGUGGAAGACAACAUCUAUGAGUGCAGUAGUGAAGCCUGAGGUGUACAUCAGGCCUGGACAUGAACAGACUCUUUCCAAAACAGACCUGGCCCUCUUCUGUUGUGCCUGACCAGAGGUGGCAAAAAUUUUGCCUAGCAAAGAGGGAAGAUAUGAGCAUAUUCUUACUGUACAAAAGGAGAAAUGCUAUUGAAAGUGUAUAAAUGAUGGUGCUGCAAUAAGCAUUUGCACUGACUGCCUGCUGUCCAACACCACAGAGAGCAGCAUCUAUAUCCAGCGUGUGAAGCUGGUAUCCGUGGUUUCUUGAAAUACCACGGAAGACAAUUUCCUUUGUGGCUUUUCGCUCACCAUUUUGGAUGGGUAACUGUAAGAAAAAAUAGACAUAUGAGUUAAGAACUUUGGAGAAGCACAAAUGGAGCCGUUUUCUUCUAAGAAACUUCUGCACCUUUUGAAUUGGUUUCGCUAAGAUUCCUAUGGCUUUUUUAUGCAUCUGAUGCCGAAGCAGUUUGCUUUUAUUUCUGUUUAAAUGAACUGUAAAGACCUUGGCUUGUUUUUUUGCCAGCAUGAUCAACUUGAAUAAGAGACUAUUUGGACAGAUAAAGGUAUGUUAAGUUCCACUAGGACAGUAUAGGGCCAGCUGUUAAUGGAUAUUCUAAAAGGGGUAUGCCCUAUCUUAAAGCAAACUAACCCCAUCAUUGAAACCAAUACAAAAAUGUGCUAUACUUGUAAAACAGGUAUUCUCAGCAAUAUUUAUUCAGCAAUGUUAGGAAAAGGCGUGUGCACUUUGGUGACAUUAUAUGAAAUAGACACCCUUGUCCAGCACCCAAAAUUAUUCUCAGGUUGAAGCAUGGAUAAGGAGUAUUGUAUGGUUUUAACUAACGCUGUGAAGUGAUUAGGAGAGAGACGAAAAAGAAAAAGAUGAAGAAUGUAUACAAUGUUUUGAAUGUACAGGUGAACUAAAGGACCAGGGCACUGUUGCAUCCCAAACAUUCUCUGGGAUCAGAUGCUGGUUGUCUGACUAAAUGAGCCACGAGUGAAGAAAUGCUGGAAGUAGGAGCAAUGAAGAAUGUGAAAAGACUUUUCUGUUUUGUAAGAGGUUGGUAUGUGACAGGUGAAAGUGAGAAACUAAAGGUGGAAAUUAAUAAAAUGACUUGAUAAAAAGCUG